AUGCGCGCUUCCCAGAACUGGCUAUGCAGGGUCGUGCGCCCAGCUGCAACGCUGGCCCUGCCCGCCACUCAUGCCCACCUCAUUGGCGCCCUUCGCCUCCUCACCACUGCACACAAGCAGCCUUUCUGGGAGCCGCUUCUCCCGCCAACCGUGAUCGCCCUACACACGCAUUCCCGCAAGUCAAGGUCAGAGACAAGGGUUGAGGAACCACAGCUGAGCUCGCUGGCGCUCAUGAUGAACGUCUUCUGGAGGUUAGCACGACUUCCAUUGGGCAGGGUCAUCUUCGAAGUUGCCGCGCAUUGCCCUGUCGAACAACUAUUAGAGAGUGCUGCGGGCGUUGUUGAGGGCUUGGCUAACUGCAUUCGACUCUGCCUCAGCAAGAGGAUCCUUAGCAAGGGCGAACCUUGCAGUCGACAAUGGCCACUGAGCACUGCGCUCACAGGCACGACUCCGCGUAACUGCGUCUUCACCUCCAAGGUGGCGCAUGCAGCUCAGCUCCUCACCGGGAACAUCAUCUUUGCCUUGAUCAUCGCCGUCUCGUCUGCCGCGACAAUCUUCUGUGGUAUCGCCCCGUCUGUUGGAUGCUGGAUCGUCAUGUACUUCGUUGAGUUCCAGAAGUUCUCCAUUGUGGUCGUCAUCUGGCUUGUGGGCUCGUCCAUGUCGGAUAUCCUCCACAACGUGUACCUGCUGGACCCCGUAUCUUGCCAUCUUCUUCUCAACUUGCCACUCUCUAAGCCGGAGGAACGUUAG